CGUACGCUCUUCUCUCCCUCCUCUCUGCCUCAUCUCAUCCUUCACCAUAACAUCCACCACACCCCCCCCCCCCCCCACCACCUACAAAUCAAUCACUCGUCAGAGGGAGGGAGUGGCCGAGUGAGAGAAGAUUUGCCGGGGAGAGAAGUUCCGGUGAGGAAGAGAGAGUUCCGGCCGUGAUAGAUAGUUCCGGUGGCGGUUCGCGGCGGUGUUUGGCGACGGCGAUGCUUAUUGCUCCUUCGUUCCUCUGGUUUGAUCUUAGUUUCUAUACUAUAUUCAUUUUUAUUUUUUUCGUUGCUUUUUUUUUUUUUUUUGCUGGUGAAGAUGUUGAAGAUUGGAGGUGGUGGUGAUGUGUAGUGGUUAUGUCGGAUGGCUCCAUGGAAGGAUAAGGCUCAUCCAGUCCUCCACCUUCCUCCAAGCUAGCCAAAUCUGGUGGUGGCAAGCAGAAGAAGUGGAAUGUCUGAAAGAGCUUAUAUUAGAUCCUAUAAUUCACUUCACAAUGGCAUCGGAGUCAAGUUGAAGCUAGAUGUGAGAGAAUUGGCGAUUCAAUUCGGUUGUGUUCGGAUUAUACCUUAUGUUCGUGACGGUCUUAAGCUGUAAGUUAUUGAUUUUGUGGUUUUAAUAAUGUCUGCUACAUGUUUGAUGAAAUGCUAUUGAAAAAAAACACUAAAAUGUGUUGCUGAAAAUCGCCGUGCUUUUACUCGUCCGGUGUUUAUGGCUGUUGCUUUUUAUUUAUGUGCAAAGAAACACAAGAAAGGGCAACUGGGUCAUGGAGAUACCAUUCAGCGUGAUAGGCCGACUGUGGUGUCUGAACUAUCAAAAUACAAAAUUGUUCAAGCUGGAGCUGGGAGGAGCCAUACGGUAGUUGUUACGGAUGAUGGAAAUUCCCUAGCAUUUGGAUGGAACAAACAUGGACAGCUAGGUUCCGGUUCUGCAAAAACUGAAAUUGAACCAUCUCCUGUUCGCUGUGUCGUAUCUGAAGUUAAAUAUACUACAUGUGGUGGUGACUUUACUGUGUGGUUAUCUUCAGUCGACGGAGCUUCUAUACAGACUGCUGGUCUUCCACAGUAUGGACAACUCGGGCAUGGAACAGAUAACGAGUGGCGGUGGAUAAGAAUGGCUUUGUCUACACGUGGGGUUAUGGUGGUUAUGGAAGGUUGGUUCGCAGUUUUCAGAUUCGGCUGUCCAUGUUCUGUGAAUUCCCAUGAAAUCGCAAAUAUCAGAUCUUUCUUUCUCAAAAUUGGAUUUUCACAUUUGGGCCUUUCAUUUGUGCUGUGGCUCAGGGAAGAUAUGAGAUUAUGAAAAAGUUACAUGCCUAAAGUUGGUUCUCUUUGGCUUGACAUGAUGUUCAGGACAUGCGCUGCACAGGAUGGCUCCUGCAACGGUUUACAACAUUAUGCUGCUUUAGGAAGAGACAAGGUUCACAAAAUUACGGUUUGAUUGUGGCGAGUAACGAGAAUGAAGUUGGAAAGUUGCUAUUAACUAUUAUUGAGAAAAUGUAGCAAGAUUAGCAAUGCCAUGAUGAAGGAGUGGCUUGCAAUGUUUUCCCUUAGCAUUCUGAUUUACAA